CAACCGUCUUCCGGUAGCUUUGUAGACAUCUUUCGUUGCUAAACAGGUACAGACGUCACAUUCCUACACUAUACACUAAGCUCCUCCGACAGAAGCAUACUUCUACAUAGCCCUGUUGUUUUGAGACCAAGAGACUUCAAACGUAAUUGUCGACCUGCUCGAAGACUAUCUAUGCCUUUGCUGUCGUCGCUUCAAAGUAGAGAAAUUGCGCAUCAGCCAACACUCGUAAAGGUGACAAGCUGCAACGAAGACAGUAUAAGAUAACCCCCUUUCUUCACAUUACAGCAGGACAUACAGAUACUCUAACUGGUUUUCACAUCUUCUGUCAUCUUGAUGAUUGACAUCGCCAAAAAGGUGGUGUCGGCCUCCACAGGUCCGUUGGUUAACACUGAGUUGCGGAACGCGACAGACCCGCAGCUUUCAGCCAAGAGCAAAUAUCCGGGCGCGUUCUCUUGGCCGUCAAGGUUUUUCGAAGUUCGUCAGGAUAACUUUCCAAAAGACUGGGAGAACCUGCCGUUCACGGCCGCCUUGGGUAUAGAAACUCAAGAGCUCGAGGAAAACGACAUUAGCCGUCUUGUGUGGACCGAGGAAAAUUGGGCUCCUGACCAACAUCGAGUGGACUGCCUACUGGGUAUAACCCAGGCAAGCGAAGCCACAAUUCAAAAGCUGAUUGACAGAGACGAGAGUGUGCAUCAACAUAAGAUUGCGCUGCUAAUAGAUGGAAAUGACUCCGGGCCAGAUUCACGCCUUCGGGAAUUUUUCGGCGGUCUGUCACCGCAGGCACUGUUCGACGAGCUGAGAAGAAGAAGAUACAGAGAAGAUGAGGAAGACGACAUCAUAGACGCCAACCGAAGAUUGAUAUAUGUCACAGACUUGGAUGCCUGGGGAAUCGUGGCUUUGAUAGGAACAUCCCCAGAGUCAUUGUUUCUUGUUUUAGGAGACUUCCUGUAUAACUUCAUCUGCGGAAGCUCAUCCCUUGGCGUGUCAUUCUCAACGCAAGGGCCUGAGACAUUUGCCAUGCAGUUCUCGUUCCCUUAUCGUGCUUGGCGAUCUACAGAGCAGCUUAUGAUGGAUGGCCGCAUCAACAAGUCCACUGGAAAGGCGGUCAGGUCUUCUCGAGAUGUCACGUUUUUGAGGCGUCUUGCCAAGUUUGAAGAGGACCGGGAGAACAUAGAUUGCAUCUACACAACAAACAUCAGUUGCAUGGUCACAGGCUACGACCAAUCCCGAUGGACUGGACUAGUCUUGUUGGAAACAUGGUUCGAAGAGGCUGGCGAUGACCCGUCGCCAGACAUGGUGGCUCGCUACGAGAACGACUUCGAAGACGGAAUGCUCCUGGACCCGCUUUGCCGAGGAAAAUAUGAUGCCAUCAAAGGUGUAUGGUCACCUCGACCGUACUUUAUUCGCAUCCUUGAGAUUCGAAUAGUUCAAGUGCACCGGGAGUGGGCUGCUUUGUUCUCUCAUCUCCAAGAUCGGAUGAAUGCUCUCAUAACGCGUCACAAAGAAUGCAUCGAAGGAGUACAAAAUCUCGCUUUAAGUCGAGAGUCAACAAUGUCAGCGAGACGAAACCUCAAGGAACUUGACGAGCUUGAGAAGGGCAUCAACAACAUCAAGGAAAUAUGGGCAGAUCUUGCGCAAGAUUUGCAAGAAACAGUCAGGUGCGGAGAUCUGUUCAUGAAGACCGACGUUUUCUAUUUCCGCAAUCACGACGAGCCGUCUGACGAUGCGUCGACGUGUUUUCCCCAUCUUACACAAAUUCGGCAAACCUUCAACAAUCUUGAGCAGCUGCGGCAGAAACUAGAUGACAUGAAGAAGAAAUGCAGAGAAAUGGUGGAAGACAUAGCCUCCGCGAGCAAGAUGUACCGUCGGCAGUUGAAACAAGUGCAGCCCGGAACGUCUGGUGGUCCAUCGGCUGUCGUUGAAGAGUACAAUUGGCCCACUCAGUUUCGCUCCCAUCAAAGUUUCUCUCACACCUGGGAGAAUACGGCAUUCGUGGAAGCUGUUUGGUACCACGCAAGGCAGGUUGUAGCCGAUCCAGCAGAAAAAGAAUGGUUGGAGAGUGUCCUCAAUACCGAAGACAAUUGGGCCCCAGACAAACUUCCCGCUGAAGUGGUCUUCGACAUACUGGGAGGAGCAACACUGAAUCAGCUUCGAGAUGGCAAUGAUAAAAUUCCCGGAAGCAAGACAGCAAUAUUGAUCGACGACAAUUCUCCGAAGACGAGGUCAGGGUUUCGACACUUGUUAGGAGGUUUGAGUGCCAAAGAGCUGUUUGAUGAACUCCUCAAGAAGCGUUCUAGUGAUAGUCAAAUGUCUCCAGACGAGAAAGAUGUGUUUGUUGUCUCCGAAAGACGACUACUCUACAUUACGGAUCUCAGUUCCUGGACAAUCCUUGCUUUGCUUGGAUCUGCAACAGAGUCUUUCUUGCGACCAGUGACCAAUUUGAUGAUCAACUAUCUUACUUCAGCAACGUCAAUUGGUGUUUCGUUUUCAACAGAAGGACCGCACACGUUUACUCUGGAAUUUUCAUUUCCUUUCCGAGUCUGGAGGACUACAGAGCACCGGAAACGUGAUCCGAGAUUCAAGGAAUCAAAUGGCAAGCCCCUACGUCCAUCAAGAGACGUCACAUUCUUGCGAGCUCUUGCAGAUGAUCGCAGAGAAGCUACUUCCAUUGACGUUGUAUACUCUACACAUGUAAGCUGCGUUGUCACGGGCUUUGACCAGCGGAAGUGGACAGGAGUCAUGCUAGCUGAAACAUGGUUCGAAGCGGACUCAACCAUGUAACGUCAACAACCC